AUGUCGAUAGCUCCCAUCAUCACAUUCAAAGCAGGUAUCUGCGACCUCGAUACUUCUACCUCGCCAGGUGCUGUCAAGCCCAAGCCGACUCCCGGCUACAUCUACCUCUACGCCGAAGAUGAGCUUGUUCAUUUCUGCUGGCGCCCGCGCAGCGCCCCCCUCGACGAGCCCGAGCUGGAUCUCGUGAUGAUUCCCACCGAUGGAACAUUCAUCCCGUACAAGCCAGCUGGCCAGGAUGCCACGAAUGGCCGCGUUUUUGUUCUGAAGUUCUCGUCCAGCUCCCAGCGACAUUUGUUCUGGAUGCAAUCCAGAUCUCAGCAUGAGCGUGGCGAUCCCAGCUGGUUCAGCCCUCGGGAUCUAAAGUUGGGGGAGAUCGUUGAUGUGCUGCUGCAAGGCGAGGAAGUUGACGUAGAGCAUGAAAUUGCCACCCUUCCUCGUCGACCCUCAGGCGGCGAUGACGAUGAGACUAUGGAGGACGUGGAGGGCGUGGAUCAUGACCCGAGCCACAACCACGGAGGCAGCAGCGGUGGAGCUGGACCGGAUGCAACAGGGGGCGAUAUUCGUGAGGAAGGUCAGGGCUCUCGGGAGGGCGGUGCAGACGGUGGACGAGCCGCAAGUACGGGUUCUGAUCCAUCGUCGGUGGUCCAAGAUUUUUUGCGGUCUCUGGGCGGCCAAGGCCAAUCCCAGGGCCCCGAACGGCCUUCUACAACACUUCAGGAUUUGCUGACCCCCUCGACCACGCUGCCCUUUAUUGAAGGUGCCGACGCCCACGCCGCCAAUCAUCUUCUAAGCUUUUUACCGCCUGCGCUGCUGCUGCUCGCCCAGGGCAAUGCCGAGGCUGGAGAAGCUGAAACAGACCCCGAGCUGGCUCAAGCCGCCCUGCUCUCUCUUGACCUGUCGCAGAAGAAAGACAUUCUCCGCAAGGUGCUUCGAUCCCCCCAGUUCAUGCAGAGCUUGGCAAGCCUCACUGUGGCUCUGCGCGACGGUGGGCUUCCGAGUAUUAGCGAGGCCUUGCAGAUCCCGGUGGCCAAUGGCGGGUUUAUGCGUCGUGGGGGAGUACCCCUGGGCGGUGGUGACGCGGUGGAUGCGUUCCUGGAUGGCGUUCGGCAACAUGUUCAAGACAAGGACACAUCGAUGGAGACGGAUUGA